AGUGCCUGCGUCGCUCGCGGAAGAGGCGCGGCUCCGGCGAGAGGGCGGGUCGUAAGUCGGAUGCUUUGUUUGUCGGCCGGGCCGGGCUGGGCUGGGCUGUGGUGAAGAGGUUGACGGGGUGACUGACUGACUGACUUCAGAGCGGAUGCUGGUGGAGGGAGCGAUGGACGAAGACAUAUUAACCACCCUCAAGAUCUUGAUCAUUGGCGAGAGCGGCGUCGGCAAGUCCAGCUUACUGCUACGGUUUACAGAUGAUACCUUUGACCCAGAGCUUGCUGCGACAAUUGGUGUUGAUUUCAAAGUGAAAACAAUUGCUGUAGAUGGAAAUAAAGCAAAACUUGCCAUAUGGGAUACUGCUGGACAGGAGCGAUUCAGGACCUUGACACCCAGUUAUUAUCGUGGAGCGCAAGGUGUUAUCCUGGUGUAUGAUGUGACCCGAAGAGAGACCUUUAUAAGACUAGAAAAUUGGUUGAGUGAACUAGAGACCUAUUGCACAAGGAAUGAUAUUGUGAAGAUGUUAGUUGGAAACAAAAUUGAUAAAGACAAUCGUGAAGUGGACCGGAAUGAAGGAUUGAAGUUUGCCAGGAAACAUUCCAUGUUAUUCAUAGAAUCAAGUGCAAAGACGCGUGAUGGUGUACAGUGUGCAUUUGAAGAACUUGUUGAAAAGAUUAUUCAGACACCUGGCUUAUGGGAAAGUGAAAGUCAAAAUAGUAAACUACGGCUAUCGGACUCGCCUAAUGCCAGUGGAAGUUCUUGUGGUGGAUAUUGCUCAGUACCGUAAGACUCUUGAUGCAGCAGCUUCUUGCCAAUAUUAAAUAAUUGGUGAAUCAUUUGUAUAAAUUCUAGAGUUGACAUUGCAGUUUGCACACUUUUGUUCAUGUUGUAUAAAACCAUCCCUGAAAUUCACCAACGCUAGGUCAGUUGUAGACAUGCAGAAAUUUGAAAUCUACAAUCGGUACAAUCAAAAAACAUUUCUCAGUGGCAAACCACAUUGUAAUUUGAAAAUAACAUUUAAAAGCACACAUCAACGAGGGUUAAAGUUCAUGUGUUCACGUUUAUACAAGCUAGGUUCAUCUUGAAACAGUCUAUCCACUCGUCUCAAGAUGUUUUUUCGUGUAUUUUCACACUUCAGUGCUGAACCACAUUACUGUCUCCCUGAAACCAGUCUCAAAUAUUUAAUAUGGUUUGCAAAUUCUGGUAUGGUUUAAGAUAACUAUAUUUUCACUGCUGUUAGUCUAGCUGACUAAACAUAACUGCAAGAGAGGAGUAAAUUUGUAUCAGAUGUUAAAAUAUAAUCGUUUCUUCGUAACUUCUGUUUCGCAUUGUUUUUAGUAAAAUUCUGCUUAGUUUUUUCACCGCAGCAGAAUUUUUAAAUCUGUCUUAUCCACAGUUGUGUUAAACAGAUGUGCCCCAAGAAAGAUAAGUGGCAUGUAACUCUUAAGUUGUUGAAAACAUGUGAUUUUUAAAGCCUACAGUAUUGACACGAAUAAUUAGACCUCCUGUAAAAAUCAAUUUCAUAACAACCAAAAGAUUUGAAUCUUUUGAAAAUGGUUUGCCUUAGUUAAUGGGUAAUCUUUGCAUUUAACUGAAUACUUAAAUAUUCUUCUAAAAUUCUAGCUUUAAAUUACCCUGUAUGUCAACGUUUCUGUUCAAUCUUACUCAUAUAGACUCCAUUAUUAUAUAUUCACAUGUUUCAGAGUAUUGUGCAAGGUACAUUUUCAUAUAAUCUACAGUUUUUCUUUCAAGUGGUAAUUCUGAAAUUUUUUUAAGAAAUAUAGAUCUAUGGUUGAAUAUGAAUUGUAGAGAGUGAGGUGUUAAAGUUGAGUCAAGCACUAAAAUGUAAAGUCUGUUAUUACUGUAUGCUUUCAGUGUUUAUUUAUUAUUUUAUCUUAUGCAUAUUUGAUGAGAUUAUCAUAAACAUGACAUUAAAGAAGUAAUCGAAGUGCAGUUUAAUUUUUCCUCUUUUUUUUUUAAUGAGUUGCACGACUCUGAUUUUUUGGGGGAAACAACAUUUGGUAUCUAAAUAGGAUUCUAAACAAGGCGAAAUACUUUGGAUUGAGCAAGUUGAUAUUUAAAAAAAAUGUAAUUAUAUUGUGCCUUUAAAGUAUAAAAAUGUGCCAAAGUGUUUCACAGUGGCAUAUCUGUUACAUAUGCAAUUGUUGACUCAGUGUGCAGGACACAAGUGAUGCUUUAGGUUUGAACAACACUCUGACCUUGCUUGGCAUCCCAUAUGAAUAUUAGUCCGAAUAUUUCAAAAGGUUAGACAAAUAAUUUGGUGCUCUCCUCUGGCGUCUUUCCCUUCAAAAGAGAGGGAGACUGGAGAAGAUUGCUGAACAAGGAAAAUAAUAUCCUAGUAGGGUGCUGGCUAUAUUUUAAAGACACUAAAUUAUCUGUUUAAUUAUGACUUCAAUUAGUUAUAUAGAACUCUAAAGAUUGGGGAAUGUGAAUGAAAAAUGAAAAUGGUGUAAAUUGCAUUGUGCAAAUAUAGUCAGAAGAUAAUUUGCAUAAAUAUUUUACAGUUUUACUGCAAUGAUAGCAUAAGGUAUUACAUUAAAAUAUAUACUGUACAUAAAUAAAAAUUCCACAAGUCUUCUCCAGGA